AUGGGUAAAAUUAGUACUUUAUUGGAUAAAAAACUUAAUAAUUAUCUAUCGGAUUUCGUGGAAAGUUUUAGAAAAGCAUUGAAGGAUGACGUCAAAAACCUAGUACAAGCGGAGAUGGACUCAGUUGUGCAGCAGCUUAAAGACGAUUUUACUGUAACCACUAACUUUAUAUGUGAUGAACAGUCUUCCCUAAAGCAAGAAAUUGAAAAUAAGAGUCACAUAAUAAAACACCUAGAAUCUGAAACUCUGCGAUUUCAAAAGGAGAUUAAUGUUCUGACCAAUCGUUUAACAUCAAUUGAAAAAAUUUCCCGUAGCAAAAAUAUUGAAAUUCAUCAUAAGUGUUUGUGGGACACUGAAAAUGUGAAUUACAAGAAUCGUGAUGCACGUAGUGCUGCACUUGUAGCAUUUUCACAAGAAUUUGGAGUUGAUGGUUUGGGACUUAAGGAAAUUACAAACAAAAUACUUAAGAACGCAGUAUCAUGCGGAAAGGAAAAAGAUAAAAGAUUCAAUGAGCACUGGUUCCGGUACUGCUGA